CAACAUGGCGACUGGAAAAAAACGUGGAUUAAAACUUCACUCAAUAAUUGAAAAGCUUUCUGAACAGUGCGAAAGAAAGAGUCCUGCGCGCGAUGAAGAAAAUGAUGAUGUCCACUUGAAUUCAAAAGUUUUAAGUAUAAAAAGAAAACAAAGAAAGAGAAAUGGAGUUAAAAGAGUUUACAAAGAAGAGUUGUACAGAUCAGAUUUGGAAGAUGUAUCUUCAGAUGAAGAUGUUAAUGUUACUGGUAGGGUUAGUGACAAUGACAGCAACCUUGUUCAGGAAUUAGGACUGAAAUCAGCUGAAAGCUUAACAUCAGGCAGAGUGGCUUCUCAUCCAAGAGCAGCGAAAAGAACUACAUGGAGAAAACAACAGCUAAUUAAGAAAUGUCAAAUGCCUGAGACAAGAUAUUUGGAUAACAAGGAAAAGAAGAAUAAGAAAAAAAGGAAUAUAGAUUCAGAAGUAAAUUUAUCAAAAGCUCUCAAUGGUGGCAGCAGCGAGAAAGACUUGGCUAUUGACAUAGAGUCAUUUGUGUACCACUGCCCAGUAGUAGAUGAUAUAGAUCAAGUUCCUGAAACAUCUUUGUGUCCUUUCUGCUCUGUGUUGUGUAAGAAUAAACAAGAGAUCACUCAGCACAUCAAAGAAUGUCAUAAUUCUGAAUGUGCAGUCGUAGAUCACAGUGAAGAAGAUGAAGGGUUGUUCUCUUCAGAUUCUGGAGAACCUUUGGACAAUGAUAGUGAUGAAGACUUCACACCCAACAUGAAAACAGCACCUAAACGGAAGAAUAAGCAAGUUGUCAAAUCAAAAAAAUGUCCAAACAAAAAGAAAUGCUCUGAAGAAUCAGAAGAUGAGCUUUGCAUAGAUGUUAACAGUGUGGUGAACACAGAUCCCAGCAUCAGUGACAUUGAUAGCCUUACAACUCACAGUGCUGAGGUUUCAAAACAAGACAGCAAGGAAGACUUGCCAAAAUUCCGCUGUGGUUGUCAGGUUUGUGGAAUGAGGUUUCACCGAUGGUGUGAGUUAAGAGCGCACUUAAAUGCAAAGCCAGACUGUCGGAAACUCUACCAGUGCGACCAGUGUGAGCAGAUUUGUGUUACAACAAGCUUCCUAAAGAAGCACAAGAAACUUCACUCUGAAGAGCGACCUCACAAGUGUGAAGUGUGUAAAGCAACUUUCAAAGACAAGGCUUAUCUCAAGCGGCAUGAAAUUAAACAUAGUGGCGUCAAGGACUUUAAAUGUGACGUUUGUGACAAACGUUUUUCUCACCAGCGUACCCUGAAGGAACACAGACGGCGACACACUGGCGAAAAACCAUACAAGUGUAAAUACUGCGACGCAACGUUCUUUAAUUCUUCAAGUCUAACGACCCACACUACUAAACACACUGGCAUUCUCCCUUACAAGUGCCAAGCGUGCGGCAAGCUGUUUGCCAAGUCAUAUGGACUCAAGAUGCAUUCUCUUUCACACUCAAACGAAAAGCCAUUCGUCUGCGAGGUCUGUGGAAAAGGUUUUAAGCGUCCAGAUCACUUUAAGCAACAUAAAGUCAUUCAUUCUGACAAGAAGCCUUUUAAAUGUGACACCUGCCAAAAGACAUUCAACCAAAGAGUGUGCCUCAGAAAGCACCUUCCUUGUAGAGAGCACGAGAAACAACAGAAAAAGCUGCAAAAUUCACAGGCGAAAGGGAAAAAAACGAAAAAGAAAAAUAGACGAACCAAAAAGCCUUCCGCAAAGAAGAAUGAGAAAUUAGAUGUUACCGGAAUAACUUCACAGGACACCACUUGUCACGCAAUUAAUGAUACAGCCACUGAUUCAUGCGAGGUUUCAACCGACUUCAUUUUGUCGCCCAUGGAUGCGAGUGAGACGUCCCUUUUGGACGGUUGCUAUUCUCCACCGUCAUUCGUCCGGCCUGCUUCCAAGUUACUUGAUAAUGAUUAUUAUCCUAGUCAACAUGAAACCCAUCAGGAUUUUCAGCAGCAAGACAGAGAUUUUUCAACACAGCACUUGACGGACCGAGCUCAAACAAGUUUACUCUCAGCGUCGUUCGUUCCAACCAUGUUCAGUGUCGAAGAACCUCUGACACUCGAUACACUUCCUCCGCUCCCGACCCAGGAUACGCAUGCGUUAUCCGAAAGACCGCUGAGUCAUGAAAAUGCAACUGACUUAGGUUCAGUAUUGCUAAGUAGCGCGAUGGGGCCAGAGAACUUGAGUUCCAUUGUUGGUGAGACAAACUCGUUGUUUGCUCAAGAUUAAAUGGAUCAAGACCAGUAUCUUAGCAACUGCGUACUCUCCCCUCCCCUUACUCAACAACAGUCAACUGAUAACAAGGCAAGGUUAAGUUGGGUUAAGGGAGGGGUAGGUGUGCUCAGAUACUGACACCAUAGGCAGAUCACACUAUGUGUUCUUGGUUAAUAAUUGUUGACAUGAGACGAACAAAAUCUAUGUGGGUUGUGAAUAAAGAUUUGAAAAUUGAAUAUCUAAAUUAAAUCUCAGUCUGAAUAUCUCAGUAAAGUUAAAUGAAAUAUUAAUCGACGCAUUUGUGAUAUUUUUUAAGCCUUUAAAGCGUCGUU